UCCUUUGGCUUUGCCUUUCUGCAGUGCUCUGUGUCAGGCUUGGGCUGGGAACCAUGAGGCUCUGUGUCUGCCUUGUGUUGCUCUCCUUUAUUCUAUGUGCAAGCGCCGAUAUGCAACCAUUAGCCCGAGGUGGACGAUUUGCCUGGGAUGCAGUGGGAGGGGCAUGGGAUAUGCUCAGGGCAUACUGGGACAUGCGCGAGGCAAAUUAUAAAGGUGCCGACAAAUAUUUCCACGCUCGUGGGAAUUACGAUGCUGCCCAAAGAGGACCUGGCGGUGCUUGGGCAGCCAAAGUGAUCAGUGACGCCCGGGAAAACUGGCAAAGCGACAUGAGCGGCAGAGGCGCAGAAGACACCCGAGCUGACCAAGAGGCCAACGCCUGGGGCAGGAACGGCGGGGACCCCAACCGCUACAGGCCUGCCGGCCUUCCCAGCAAAUACUAACGCUGCCCCGCAGGCGGCCGUCUCUGCUCCCCUCUACCCCUCUCCGUGCAGCCGA